AUGCCAGACGCCUCCAGAGUCAGCCGAGCCAGCCUAGCCAAGCAGCGUCACUUGGGGACGUCACGGCAAAAGUCAGCAGAGGAAGACCAGCCAAAAACUGUCGACGACAAAAAGAAGCCACGAAAAAAGGACGAAAAAAAGACGAAACAAAAGAAGAAGAAGAAACGCAGAAAAAGCAAAGAAAAGGAAAAAAAAAAAAAAACAAGAGCAAAAAAAGAGAAAAAAGAAAAAGAAAUAAAAAGAAAUAAAAAAAAAAAAAAGGCAAAGCUUCUUCCCCUCCGGCGCUCCCAAGGGAAAAACCCCACACUGAACGAUCCUCCUAGGCACUGCGUUGCUCUCUGUCGCUCCCACUGCUACACUAACUUAUCCCCUAACUUGUCCCUAACCCAUCCCUACUACUAG